AUGAGCUCCAGCACCGAUCAACCGAGCAUCUUUACCGCGCGUGAAGCUUUCACCAAACCGCCUCUGCAAGCCCAAGGGUCGGGCAGAGCACCAUCGUACCGGAGACAGAGCACGCCAGACCAUUUGGAACGGAGUCGCGUACAAGCUUCUGGCGAAGCAGAGUCGUUCGCUACCGCUGCACCAGACAGCGUUCUACCCUCAGUCCUAUAUGCCACUAGCACCUCCUCGAAAGCUACAGUUGCGCCACCGCCGGCAUGGCCUUCGAGAGCACCAUCUGAGCAGCAAAGAGCCAGCGGACGCGAGCAAGGGAGGGGCAAGGGGAGGAGCGUGAGCGCAAGCGAGGCACAAUCUGCCACAAACCCUCCACCAGCAUCUCCUCCGUCGGAGAAAACCACGAAGAAGCGUCCAGCUUCACCCCUGGUGCGUUCGCCUCACGGAGAGCGUCCGCCCACCAGCGAGCCGGCGUCUAAGAGGCCUCGGUUGAAGGCGCGGUCGAAACACUUUCUCGAUAGCUUCAACUUUGGCUCUAUAGGCUUCCACGACGGUGCGCAACAACCGCCAUCACCCUUAUUCUUCAGCAACAGCCCGCAGCCGAAUAGGCCUACCCUACCGCCUCGCUUCUCCAGCUCCGAGGCUGCGGCGAAGAUGUUGUCAAAGACGCGUACAGAGGAUAGUCACGUCAAGACUGUGAGCUUGGCGCGAGGUGUUCUCAGUACGCCGCAGAUACCCACAAGCAAUCCGCAGUACGCUUAUCAGAGCCCGGGGAGCAGGAGGAGCAUGGAGAGCGUGCCAACGAGAAGUCGGAGUCCAGAAUCAUCCUUUGGAAGUAGCGGAAGCAAGGAUCUUGGCAGCAUACUCAAUUCCAUUGGGAUAAUUGAGUUGUUGGAGCAAGACGAGCGGCCUACGUUCAUUGUGGACCUGGGCGAUAAACUGAACUACGGACCUGGCCAGCUGAAUCUGAUCUUCUGCAACGCUUCAUUACGAUCCUCCAACGGUCUGGAAGCGCAGGUUUCUGGUGCCGCGCUGGAGUCCACUUCGCCUGGCACGCAGACCCAUCUACAGUUCAAGUCAUGGCUGAUGAGCGCUGCGGUCAAUGGCGAAAGUCUGGACGUGUGCUUGCCGUCUUUUCUAUAUGCUGGGCUGUCCUGGAAUUGUGCAACCAUCAGAAAGAGGUUACGCAUCAUCUCUGGAGCGUUCCAGCCAUCGCCUGAACACAGCCGAGCACCAGAGCUGCGAUCAAGCAUACCGCCUGCGGCUUCAGCUGAGAUGCCACUACUGCAGGAUGCUGUGUUAGCAGAAGCACCCGCAGAGCCUUCCGACUACUUUGGCAUGGCCGCACCACAAGGUAAGAACAGCUCGGAUGGCUCGGGUAGUACCUCGACAGUGGAAGCCGUAGCGACGAUCGAGCAAGGUCCACCAUCUGCAGGCGCUCAGCUGGAAAGACUGCAGAAUCUCAGGGGGUCGGUGGAUGUCAACAAACUGCUCUCGCCAGAACGAGACCUAUCAGAAGCCAUCCAGCUACUGAAGUCACCCUCCACGUACGUGAACGAACCCCCUGCGAAGCCCAAUCCAUACUCCGAAGCCGUUCGUGCUCAAGCAUUGAUGGCUGAUGAUUCGAACAGUCAUAUCAUGACCGUGGCGUCGGAUUCGCCGUCAUUCGACUGGACGCGGCUUCCCAUAUCCGAUUCCAUGCCUGAGCACAUCCGCUUCGCUCGGAGCAUCGACUGGGCGUCUACCAGUCUCGGUCCGAUUGAGAACUGGUCCUCAGACCUGCGGCAGAUGUGCAACCUUAUCAUGGCCUCACCACACCCCGCUGCCAUGUACUGGGGCGAAGAUCUAAUCGCCAUCUACAACGAAGCCUACAUCCUGUUAGCCGGGCAGAAGCAUCCAGGUCUCAUGGGCCGCAGCUACGCGGAAGCAUGGUCGGAGAUUUGGAACGACGUCAAAGACGUCUUUGCCUCUGCCAAAAUCACCGGUGAAGCUACCAUGAAAGACGAUGAUUGCCUUUUCAUAGACCGGAACGAGUAUCUCGAGGAGACUUACUUCAGCUGGAGUAUCAUCCCGAUGGUCGGCGCCGAUGGCUCGGUGAUGGGUCUGUACAACCCUGCUUUUGAGAAGACGCGGAGGAAGAUUGCCGAGCGACGGAUGUUGACUUUGCGUGAGGUUGGCGAGCGCACUGCAUCUGCGAGGGAUGUUAAGGGCUUCUGGGCGCAGGUUCUGGGGUCUUUCGAGUUCAACGACUUCGACUCGCCGUUCCUGCUGCUGUACUCGGUCGCGGAUGAGAGCGACAGCGAUACGAGCAGCAUCCAUUCGAACUCGAUCCUCACGAUCAGGAACUGCCAGCUUGAAGGCAAACUGGGUAUACCUGACGACCAUCCCGCGGCGCCUGAGAAUAUCGACCUCAAGGCUGGCACGGAAGGGUUUGGGCCCGUGUUUCGCGAGGUGAUGAAGACGGAUAAGCCUGUGCUGCUUGAGGUGGGCAGCAGGGAUCUGCCGCAGAGUUUGCUGAGCGGUCUGCAGCUGCGAGGCUUCGGUGACCCCGUCAAGGCUGUUGUUGUCUGUCCGAUCCACCCGACGACUGGCGAGAACAUUCUUGGGUUUUUGGUAUUGGGUGUCAACCCAAGACGGCCUUAUGACGAUGACUAUGCGCUAUUCGUGCAGCUGCUUUCGAGACAGCUUGCUACGUCCCUUGCGUCGGUCGUGCUGUUCGAGGAGGAGAUACGCAGAGGCCAGAAGGCUGCGAAGCUGGCGGCUCUGGAUCGCAUCGAGUUGUCUGAGCAAUUAGCUGCACGCACCCAGGAGGCGAUCGAGAGCGAGACGAAGUUCACUCGCAUGGCGGAGUUCGCGCCCGUGGGCAUGUUCAUUGCUAAUGCCAGUGGAAAGAUCACGUUCGCGAACGAUACGUGGUAUGACAUCUCAAGGGUGCCGAAGAAUAGCUCUAUGGCGGAUACGUGGAUGGAUUCUGUGAACCCGGAAGAUCAGGCGCUGGUGAAGGGGCUGUGGAACGAUCUUGUCGUGGGCACGAAGGCUGUGAGCCAUGAGUUCAGAUUCCGAGCGCAGUGGGAAGAUCGGAAUGGCAAUCGUGGAGACACUUGGGUGCUUUUCUCGGGCUACCCGGAGAAGCAUGCGGAUGGCCGACUGAAGAGUAUCUUUGGUUCGAUCACUAACAUCAGCCAGCAGAAGUGGGCGGAGGGUAUCCAGACGCGGAAGAUGGAGGAGGCUGUCGAGCUGAAGCGACAACAGGAGAACUUCAUCGACAUUACUUCGCACGAGAUGCGCAAUCCGCUUUCGGCCAUCUUGCAGUGCUCGGAUGAGAUCAUCAGCAGUCUGACGGAGUUCAAGAACAACGGCGACAAGGACCUUCCGGAUAGUCUGCUCAGCAGCUGCCUGGACGCCGCGCAGAUCAUCAACCUGUGCUCGCAGCACCAGAAGCGGAUCGUGGACGACAUUCUCACGCUCAGCAAGCUGGAUUCGGCGCUCUUGCUAGUUACGCCCGUGGAUGCUCAACCGCUGACUGUCGUGCAGAGGGCGUUGAAGAUGCAUGAAGGCGAGCUGCAGGCCGCCGAUAUCCAGAUGAAGUUCCUUGUCGACCAGAGCUAUCGCGACCUCGGGCUCGAUUGGGUUCGUCUGGAUCCGAGCAGAGUGUUGCAGGUGCUUAUCAAUCUCACCACGAACGCCAUCAAGUUCACUGGGACGGAGCGCAAGAGAACCAUCACUGUGACCAUCGCCGCCUGCCUCGAGCGUCCCAGCGAGAUGAAAGAUGCGCCGGUGCAGUAUUUCUCGACGCGGCGGAAGAAUGGCGCGCAAAUCGACGAUAAGGACUGGGGCGACGGGCAGAAGGUGUACAUCCACUUCGCUGUCCGAGACACCGGCCGCGGUCUCAACGCCGAGGAGAAGAAGAUGCUUUUUAUGCGCUUCUCACAGGCAAGCCCGCGGACGCAUGUGCAAUACGGCGGUUCGGGUCUAGGGCUUUUCAUCAGCAGAGAACUCACCGAACUCCAGGGCGGUGAAAUCGGUGUUGAAUCCGAAGCUGGCAAAGGCAGUACGUUCGCCUUCUACAUCGUCGCACGCAAGAGCACGGCGCCGGCGGAAGCAGACGCUAUCACCGGCAUGAAAUACUCCGCGCACAAGAACAGGAGCGCCGUCGCGCAAGCCGCGAAGAAAGCUACCGAGUCUCUGGCCUCCACCGCGAAACCCUCGCCCAACGGCACCGUCCCCUCUUCCUCCACCAGCCCUCUCGAACCGAUCAAACACCGCGUCCUCAUCGUCGAAGACAACCUCGUCAACCAACGCGUGCUGCAGAAACAGUUGAAGAACCUCGGCACCGAAGUGCACCUCGCGAACCACGGGGGCGAAGCGCUCGAGAAACUACGGCAGUCUUCGUACUGGACUGGCAAUGCCGGGAAGCCGGGUACGCUGGAAUUAGGGGUGGUUUUGAUGGAUCAGGAGAUGCCGGUGAUGGAUGGGCUGACGUGCACACGGAAGAUUCGCGAGUUGGAGCAGGAGGGGAAGCUGGUGGGACAUGUGCCGAUCAUUGCUGUGACGGCGAAUGCGCGGGCGGAGCAGGUGAAGACGGCGUUGGAGGCGGGGAUGGACGACGUGGUAUCGAAACCCUUCCGGAUCCCCGAGCUCGUGCCGAAGAUUGAGGAGUUGAUGGGGAGAUACCCUGCGCCGAGUGCGUGA